UCACUGGACUUCCUCUCAUCACCACAUUUGGUGUUGAGUGGAAACGCCAACCGGAUGCUUCACAUUUAUAUAUUCGGUGAAAUAUCUCCUCGUUGUUCCAUCUGUGUCUACUGUGGUUCGACCUUCUGCAGUAGAAAGACCCGGGCUUCAAUCAAAUUUGACCGACCAGGUUAAAACAGACUACAAUUGAAAAUGUACGCCUGCGCUAAAUUCGUCUCCACGCCGGCCCUGGUCCGUGCUGGCUCCCGGACUCUUUACAGACCCUUGUCUGCCUGUAUGAUGUCCAGGCCCGAGGUCAACACAGAGAACAAUGUAGCCCUCAUGCCACAGAGCCCCUUCACCCAAGUAGCACUGAGAGGCUUCCAGACCAGUGCUGUGAGCAGGGACAUCGACACAGCCGCUAAGUUCAUUGGUGCUGGAGCAGCCACGGUCGGAGUGGCUGGAUCCGGUGCUGGAAUUGGGACAGUGUUUGGCAGUCUCAUUAUUGGUUAUGCCAGGAACCCAUCUCUGAAGCAGCAGCUGUUCUCCUAUGCUAUCCUGGGAUUCGCCCUGUCUGAAGCCAUGGGUCUAUUCUGUUUGAUGGUUGCCUUCUUAAUCUUGUUUGCUAUGUAACAAAUCUAUUGUUCAUAGAAACACUGUAAUUACUGAUGUGACUCCAUAUUUUAUUGUGGUUACCAAAAAAAUGUUCUGUGUUGGUAUCAUGGAAAUUUAUAUUUUCAAAGUCUAAAUAACAAAAACAUGUUUUGUAAAAAUGUAAGAAAUUACAUAAUUAAAAUGCAUGUAUUUGACUAUUUAACAUAUGGCAGUAUGUUUUCUGUUGGGAAUUAUGUUUCACCACAAUCAAGAAGACAACUAGUUUCUAUUGAAUGUCAGCAUGGGAUUAUACAAAGGAACUGCUUAAUUUACUGUAAAUCAGUCUGGCACAUUUUCCAAUGCAUCAUAUGUUCGCUUCUGUGGGUCCACAUUGAUGCUUUUGUUGGUUCAAGUGCAGUUCUAUAGAAUUAUGUAAGUAGGCAGCAAGUGAAUGCUUGCUUUUGUAAAUGGCAUUAAAUAAAUCUAGACAAUUUGAUGGUGCUAAA